ACAGACACCAUCUGCGCCGCAAAAAUCAAAGCAGUUGUCGUCGGUCGUGCAUAUUGCGCCAUUGUCCCCGCAAAAUAGAUUAGGCGCACACCACCCAGUGACAGUGAUGAUGUCGCCUGUAACGAGAUCCACUGUAUGAGCAAGCAUCACCCAAGGCAAGGCACGGACCACCCGGGGCCAACGAAAACGAGACAACGAAAGGCGCGAGCAAGAACAGAACAACAACCGAGGUCUUGACAGUCAUGUUCGAGGUGGGUGUCCCAAACAGCUAUGACACAACGCCUUAUAUCAGAGUUGCGAAUUAUAAGGGAUAUGCGAAAUCGCUGCCCAUAUAUCAUGCGUGAUAGGAAGCAUGCUGACCAGGAACAGGUCAAGAACGCGCGGAACUUCGUCUUUUCCCAGGAGCAGUAUCAGAUUCCGGUCCAACAGCAUACAUUAAAUUGAAAGAUGCAAGAGAUCUGCUCAAUAGCCGCUGGUUCAUCGGAACCAGAGGUUUCACAGAAGACAAUAUCGUUGUGGAUGGACCAGGGAAGCAAGGCACCAUAUAACAGAUGUCGCAUCCAUUGCAAGCAGACCCGGUUCAGAACGAAAAUAGGUCGUAUGCCAUUCCACUUGUGACACUGAUCUCCGUUGAUGCGCCAACAUAGAUGCAGACAUGAGCUGAUAGAAAAGGCUGGUUCUUGAUGUCAAGCGAUUGGCACGGAAAUA